AUGUCCCAAUACUAUGACGUUCCUUUAAGAUGCUUCACUUUCCCCGACUUCCAAAUCUCUCCAACCUUGGAAGACCUCAAGAGACUCCUCAAUCGACCAAUCAAGGAAUACAACCCUUUCCCAAAAUUGGAAGAAGGAUUCUGUUUGACCGAGCUCUCACUCAUCUUGGGUAUCAACACCAACAAGUUAGUGGACAAUUGGGGCGUUAAAGGAUCCCUCAAAGGUUUAACUCAAAAGUUCCUAGAAGCCCAUGCUUGGGAAAUGAUUAAAGAAGGAAGACCCGACUUUUGUAGUGCAACCUUGGAACUUUUGAUUCAUGGAAUUGUCCUCUUCCCAAAUCUGGACAAGUUUGUGGAUCAGUUAGCAGUUGAAGUCUUUUUAACAAAGAACCUGGUGCCUUUUCUACUUGCCAAUUUCUACCAUACCUUCCAUACAAGGCAUGAGAAGAGGGGAGGUACUUACCUUUGUUGCGCUCCUAUGCUACAUCUUUGGAUGAGGGCCCGCAUGCCUCAAAGUGGACCUUUCGCCGAAAACAAACUGACAUGGCCGCAAAGGUUCGCAUCUCUCUCUGCCAACUCAAUUAUAUGGUACAAGAGGGAAUGGGAUAUAAAGGAUGUCAUCGCAAGAUGUGGAGAGUUCUCUAACGUACCCUUGAUAGGAACACAAGGUUGCAUCAACUACAACCCUGCUAUACUCAAGAGACAACUAGGGUACGCCAUGACAAGUCCCCCCGAGGAAAGAGAUUUCAUUCCAUUUGUCAUCAAUAUCAUGGAUCCGCUUGAUUCGAACGUGAAAAGAGUGAGAAAAGCUUGGACAAGCAUAGUUCGUAUUAGCCAUGAAUGGGGCAAGAAAAAUAUCCUAGCCAAGGAACCCUACUAUGUGUGGGUAAAAGAUAGGGCUAGGGUGGUUAAGAUGCAGUUUCUGUUUGAUCCUUCUUCAUUCCCGUUGAUGUCUGAGCCCGAGCCUAUCCUACAAGAGGACAUGGACAAACUUACCAGCCAAAUCAAAGAGCUCGAGUUGGAAAACACUCAACUACGAGUCGAACUCAAUCGCGCCAAGGAACGUAACCAUGUCUUGGAGGAUAAGGCUGAGGGACAAAGAGUUUGGGUUGGUGGAGCUUUACAAGGAGAUAAUUCUGAGCUAGAUUUCCGUAACGAGGAGUUGGAUCGAGCAUCCCAAAUCAUCAAGGACCUUGAAAAUACUGUCGAGAGGUCUAAUGCCAUGAAGAAAGAAGCGAGGGAAGAUUACGAAGCCCAGAUUCUCGAACUAAGGACCACUCUAAAAGAGUAUAAGGAUUUGCUAGCCAAGGAGCAACUAGAGAAAUAA